AUGUCACAGCAGGUUGGAGAGGUUCCUUCACCGUAUGCCCACUCCACGCUGGACGAACCCGUCCUUGAGACCAUCAAGCGGGACUUCUUUGCUAUUGGACGAAAGCUGCUUGCCGUUCUCAUCCCUCCGUUGGGAUCGAAGAGUGACUUGCGGGACUGGGAGCUCUGGGGACCCUUGUUGUUCUCCUUAACACUUGCCAUUAUAUUGGCUUUAUCCGCUGGGGAGCAUCAGGGGGGGCUCAUAUUCUCUGCUGUGUUUGUGCUCGUUUGGGUGGGUGCCGCGCUCGUAACACUCAACGCGAAAUUUCUAGGCAGUCCCAUCUCCUUUUUCCAAACGGUAUGUGUGAUGGGUUACUGCAUGGCACCACUUUGUGUUGGUGCUAUCAUUGGUGUGUUGAUUCCAAGCUUUUGGGUUUCAUUGGUUGUUUCGUCCUUUGUGUGGGUUUGGUGCUGCUGGGCCGCGCUGUGCUCCUUCCGCGGUUGUGUCUCGCCUGAUCGCGAAAUGCUAGUUGUAUACCCUGUUGGUCUCUUUUAUCUUUUCAUGACCUGGAUGGUGAUGGUUGGAUCUUAG